AUGGAUAAGCACAGUGUGAAGACCCCGUUGUGGAGGAAGGACGUGGAGGAGCCCGGGCCCGGGAAGGUGGAGCUGAAGGAAGCGGAGGAAGGGUCCGAGGAGGAGGAGGAGGCCGAGGAGGACCGGGGAAGGCUGGGCGCCGAGAGCGCGGGAGAGGACGGGCCGGAGGAGGCGCGAGGGGCGGAGCCGCGCUCGGUGUCCUACAGCCCGCUGCGCCAGGAGGGCAGCAGCCAGCAGGUGGCGCUGCUGCGGCGCGCGGACAGCGGCUUCUGGGGCUGGCUCAGCCCCUUCGCGCUGCUCGGCGGCCUGGUGGCGCCCGCCGACAGGAAGCGGGGCGCCCCAGAGGAGACGUGCUUGCUGGAGACCCGGCGGAGACGCCCGCGCCGCGGAGGCUGUGCGCGCUGCGAGAUCCUUUUUUGCAAGAAAUGCAAGACCCUGCACAGCCACCCGGCCUACGUGGAGCACUGUGUCCUGGAGCACCCGGACCUGGGUCAAGCAGAGGCCGCCGAGGGGCCCUGA